AUGUAUCCUGCCGACCUUGUCGUCCGCUUCUUCUCGCCCUCGACCUACGCCAUCUGCAUCUCAGCCGUGCUGCUUUUCCUGUACUUGCGCCAUGUAGACCGCGCCCUUUCCGGCACCCCCGACGAGGCCGAUCGUGCUGGCUCUCGGCCCUGGACAGUGGAAGAGCUGAAGGAAACGUACCAGAGAAUGAAGCAGUCGCCCGUUGACAUACGCCAACACCUCCCUCCCAAGCAGUCCCGCCGCUACAUCGUGACUGGAGGAGCGGGCCUGGUCGGCGGUUCAAUCGUGCAACACCUUCUAGCUCGUGGUGAAGACCCCGAUGCCAUCCGGAUCGUUGACGUCCGACGUCCAACCCCAGACGUCGCGGGAGAUGUGCGUCGAUCUGCAGAGCUUAGCAAAGUGAGCUUCGCCUCUGCAGACAUCACGAACAUCGACUCUACCAAUCACGCCUUCUCCCUUCCCUGGCCGUCUUCGGUCGCCGACCGCCCGCUCACCGUCUUCCAUACCGCCGCCACCAUUCGCUUUGCCGAACGCGCAAGGGACCUGCUUCCUCUGUCAGAAGCCGUCAACGUCGUCGGCACCGAGAACGUCCUCGCCGCCGCCAAAGCCGCCAACUCCUCCGUCUUGAUCGCCACCUCCUCAGGCUCCAUCGCCAUCCGGCGCGUCAACUUCUGGCUAGUCCCCUGGCAACGAUGGCCGCGAGGCUUCUUCCAAUCCCUCAGCGACGCCGACUACGACCUGACCCGUCCGCACGAGACCUACUUCGGCAACUACCCAGCCUCCAAAGCCACUGCCGAGCGCCUCGUGCGCGGUGCCGACGACGCCGCCGCCGGCUUCCGCACAGGCGUCAUCAGGCCCGCGUCGGGCGUGUACGGCAGCACGACGGACAACACCAUCGGCAACUACCUGCGGCGCGGCGGCAACGCCGACUGGAUCCGCCACAUCGUCAACCCCUUCGUCUACACGGAAAACGUCUCGCUGGCCCACCUGCUCCUCGAGCGCCACCUCAUCUCGCCCGCCCGCCGCCGCACCCCCACCCCCACCCCCGCUCCAUCCACCAUCACCGGCCAGCCCAUCCAGCAGCAGCAGCAGCAGCAACCCGCCGCCGCCGCCGCCGUCGUCGACCUCGGCGGCCGCGCCUUCACCGUCACCGACCCCAACCCGCCCAUCCGCUACGCCGACAUGGCCACCCUCCUGCACGCCCUCUCCGCCACCCCCGUCCGCUUCGUCGCCGUGCCCCCCGCGCCGAUGCUCGUCGUCGCCCACGCCGUCGAGUUCUACUCGCUCCUGCGCCAUCGCUACCGUCUCGCCGCAAUCUUGCCGCCGCUCGCGGGCGACCUGGCGCUGCUGCAGCCGGCCCUCUUCGCCAUCUGCUGCGUGCACCUGGCGUACGACGACGGCGAGGCGCGGAAGAGCCCUGAGGACGGCGGGCUGGGGUAUCGCGCGCCGUGGACGUCGAUGGAGGCGAUGUGUGCGCAGGUGCUUGCUUGGAAUGAGGACCAGGGGGAGAAGGGCGGCGGCGGCGGCGGCGGUGUCGUUGGGGAGGUGAGGGAUGUGAUUCGUGUGGUUGAGAGGCUGUCGGUUGCGCCUGGUGGGUCGUCGUGA